AUGCAGAAAUAUUUGUGGCAUGUAGAUAACCAGUUCCAUUGGGACUCGUUGAUUUACAUACUGGACGAGCUUCGAUACCGAGCUAUAGGAGACGAAACUACAAAGGCCUGGUAUUUAAUUGACGUCACUUGUAGCCGCCAGUAUCAUCAGCAAGGGCCUAGAGCAAGGAGCCCGUUGCACCUUGCCCUGGCGAAUUUAGCUGUCAAAGCAUGGGCAGCCUAUGUAGCGGAGUGUGAGCGUCGGCACAUGUCUAUCAUCCCACAGCCGAGCAUUAUUCCAACUUUCCUAGAAUUAACGCAGCAGAUAAACCUGUACUCACCUUCUGCUUGCACCCGAGUGGCUGCUUCAUCAUCUCAAGACCAAGACCAGCGGAGUACUCCUGCUAGGGCUGCUAUAACCAUGGAUGCAAGUCAUGUUAGCUAUGGUCCCCAGCUACGGGAGGGCGUCUUGCAGAGCACGAACCCAGUCGAUUAUAAUGCUCAUUUUGCCUCUUCUGUAGGGCUAUAUCCUGAGGAAAACUCCCCCUUUGACUGGGCUCAGUGGGAUGCUUCAUUUCAGGAGUAUCAGCAGCAGUCAAACAGCGUUGGUUAUUUUUGA